AUGAUGGCGAAGACUGAACGGAAGUUCAUGUGGCAGACGCGCAGGACGGUACGGGAUCCGACCUGCUCCGAGGGCCUUUGGGAGUGGUUUUUUCAGUACCAGCAGAAGCACGGCCUGACCCCGCAGGAUCCCCGCUUCUUCAGACCUCAGGGAGCGAUGGUGAACUACGUGGGAUAUGCAGUCAUGGGUGACCUAAAGUUCUUCAGGUCAGAGCCGGUCCGCAGGCUGGCGGAGGCGCUGAACAACGACGGGCGCAUCUACCUAAACAGGUGGUCGGAUCAGACUUACUUCGUCCUUCUUCUUGCCCUCUUCGAGAACCACACCGCUGUCGGCGACAUUGGCUUUGGUUGGCCGUCAGGCGUCUGGUGUCAUAAGGCGUGCUAA